UAGAGUCACUUCUGUAUAGAGUGUAGAAAAUGCAGUAUCUUUUUUAUAUAGCUUUUUUACUUUACCUACUGUACCCUGUACAAUCCAGUGAGAUAAGUCACACCAACACACAAGUUUGGGGACCAGCUUUAACUAACAAUGCAAAUCUUCCAGUGCGUUACUUAUUCAUACAUGCAUAUGACAAGAAAAAUAAAGCCAUUAAGAAGGAUCUUGGAGACAAUGCUUUCAAAUUGACAGUUCAUGAUCAGGAUGCGGGCAGAGUUCGCGCUUGGGUGCAAGUGUUAAACCUGCAUAAUGGAAGUUACAUCGGUCGGUUCCGUAUGUACGAUCAUGGAGGGCAACUUGUGGUUAAUGUUAAACAUGAAGGAAAACAUGUUGCGAGUUCACCUUACUCAUUAAAGGAGGUUUAUGGAGAUGAAUGUAACUGCCCACUACCAAUGAAACAAUGGACAAAAGCUUUACAAUGCCCUCCCACAUACAGACAAAUAGAAGAAGAUCUUAAACCGCACAAAGUUAUCGAGUUAUCUACGUUUGCAAAGCGGAUAGUUGAACGCUUCACGCCACAUCAUUCAGUUUGCCAUUAUGCUGUGGUGAAUAACCAGGUAUACAGACAAUGUCAUGGUAGUAUCACUGACUUUAAAAUGUUCAUGGAUGCUCCUCUACUUUCUUUAACCAGAAAAGUAAAACUUCCAGAUUUUGAAUUUUUCAUCAACCUCGGUGAUUGGCCGCUUGAAAAGUCACAUGACGACCCUCUACCAAUCAUAUCAUGGUGUGGUUCAGAUGGUACUCAUGACAUCAUACUACCCACUUAUGACAUCACAAACUCUGUCCUUGAAAUGCUAGGAAGGGUUAGUCUUGACAUGUUCUCGGUGCAAGCAAACACAGGUCCAAGGUGGGGAAAGAAAAUUGCCAAAGGAUUUUUCCGUGGUCGUGACAGUCGACAAGAGCGCUUGGAUCUUGCAUCAAUGUCUGUGAAAAAUCCAGAUCUCAUAGAUGCAGCCAUUACUAACUAUUUCUUCUUCAAAAAAGAUGAGACCAAAUAUGGGAAAAGUGUGAAACCGAUUUCUUUUUUCGACUUUUUCAAGCACAAAUAUCAGCUAAACAUUGAUGGGACAGUAGCAGCUUAUCGAUUCCCUUAUCUACUUGUUGGAGAUGCUUUGGUGUUCAAGCAAGAAUCUGAAUAUUACGAACACUUUUACAAAGACCUGGAACCGUGGAAACAUUAUGUUCCAUUGAAGCAUGACUUGAGCGAUGUAAUGGAACAAGUUAAAUGGGCGAGGAAAAAUGAGAAAAAGGCUCGAGAAAUCCAGCGAGCGGCAACAGAAUACGCCAGAACUAACUUGAAACCCGCUGAUAUAUUCUGCUAUCAUACUGCACUGUUCAGGGAAUUUGCUGCGCGUCAAAAUGGAACUGUGAAAAUAUUAAACACAAUGGAAAAGGUGGAACAACCUGAAACAUCCUGCAAGUGCAAGAGGAGCAAAAAGACAAAGAAAAACGAGAGAAAAGAAGAGUUGUAAAGAUGAUUAAUUAAACAAUACACAAUGCACUAUAUAUUACACGAAUUUAUGCAAAACAAGUUGGUGCAAUCAUGUCUUCCAUAAACACCGCUCCAAUCAGUAGUUUUUGUCAAUCAGUUUUUGUGAUAUGAUACCAAAAUAAAUCGGUUAUAUUUUCA